AAUGGUCAUAUGACAAAGGACCGCACCUUUUUCAUAUUCUCUCUCUUCUGUACUGAAUCCACGCAACUGGGCGUUUUUCGACAAAUAACUUCUUAUUACUGCGGAUAAAAGCCCUCCAUUUUAUUUUAUAUAGUGGGUCAGCGAUGGGUUAGGUGCAGUGCAGAUUGGCUGGUAUAGUAGUUUCAGCUUCUGGGUAUUAUAAAAUUUCGACUCUGUGGCAGUUGAAACUGUUAACACAAACGGAGAAGAAAAUGGAUCAAAGACAGACUGCAAUUGUAGACAAUCCAGACCCGAGCCAAUCUCUUGGUCAAAUAUCUCAUUUGGCCCUCGAUAUCGGAGGAUCUCUGAUCAAGGUGGUUUAUUUUUCAAGAAAUAGGGAUAGUUCUGUUGAUCAUAAAGGGGAGAGCUCUUCAAAUGAUAAUCCUGGAGUUUUCAAUGGUAAUAGAAAGCAUACUGUUCUUAAAGGAAAGCUCCAUUUUGCUAAGUUUGAGACAAGCAAAAUAAAUGACUGCUUGGAGUUUAUUAGUUCCAAGAAACAUCACCUUGGCGGUUUCCAGCAUCAUGAAAAUCCUGCCAAAGACAAGAAAUUCAUUAAGGCCACAGGUGGUGGGGCAUACAAGUUUGCUGAGCUUUUCAAAGAAAAGCUUGGAAUUGGUCUUGACAAGGAAGAUGAAAUGGAUUGUCUUGUGGCAGGAGCAAAUUUUUUGCUUAAGGCAGUUCCUCGCGAAGUUUAUACAUAUGUGGAUGGCCAUAAGGAAUUUUUGCAGAUUGACCACAAUGAUCUAUAUCCGUAUCUCCUUGUGAAUAUAGGAUCUGGUGUUAGUAUGAUCAAGGUUGAUGGAGAUGGCAAAUUUGAGCGAGUUAGUGGAACAAAUGUUGGAGGUGGCACCUUUUGGGGUUUGGGAAGGUUAUUAACAAGAUGCAAGAGUUUUGAUGAGUUGCUGGAGUUAAGUCACAGGGGCAAUAACCGAGUGAUAGACAUGCUUGUUGGGGACAUAUAUGGUGGAACGGACUAUUCAAAGAUCGGUCUUUCUUCAACAACUAUUGCUUCCAGUUUUGGGAAGGCUAUUUCUGACAACAAAGAAAUUGAUGAUUACAAACCUGAAGAUGUUGCCCGGUCCCUCCUGAGAAUGAUUUCAAAUAAUAUUGGACAGAUCUCUUACUUGAAUGCACUCCGAUUUGGGCUCAAGCGAAUAUUUUUUGGAGGAUUUUUCAUACAAGGUCAUCCUUAUACGAUGGACACAAUUUCUGUUGCAGUUCAUUUCUGGUCUAAAGGUGAGGCAAAAGCAAUGUUUUUGCGGCAUGAAGGGUUUCUGGGAGUUCUAGGUGCCUUCAUGAGCUACGCGAAGCACAGCCUUGAUGACUCGGUGGUUAAUCAAUCCAUGCAAUCCUUGGUUAAUGGAUCCUAUGCCUCAGAUACAAAUUAUAACCCACAAAAUGGGGAUUGGUCUGACAAUGAAAGUAUACCUUGCAGUUUAUACACAGCUUAACAUUGGCAGUGGCUUUUCCUUCUUGUGCUUCGGCACGAGUAAGAAAUUUGUACAAUAUCUACCAUAAUUGAAACAUGAUAGGACCAAAAAUUUAUAUUAAAAAGAUCAUAGGAUUGAUACCAAUGAAGUAUCAGAGAAGUAUGAAAGAGAUGUUGAGUAGUCAAAAUAAACCUUGUUACCCAAGUGACAGUCUAGAUUUGAUUGUAAUUGACUGCCAUAUUCUGUAGAAAUAAUCCGUACAACUUAAUUUUUCAGUGAAAUUGACUUGUUCUAUCA